CUAAAAUUACUGAAACUGCGAAUACAUCUGCAACCUUGUGAUCUCAAUUGAAAUCUUGCUACCUACAUCUCCAUAUCUUCGGUAGCUCUUCAUAUCUCUCUUGAUCUAUCCGUAAUUUUGGUGGAAUCUUUCUCAUCACAUCUCGUCUAUUUGCCGGUCUAGGUUAUCCAUGAGGGAUCACCGAGACACGAAUUCAUGUAUCACUAAAAGUGAUAGACCAAAUGUGAACCUCUAUUGUGGUUAAAUUGGACAACAGCUGAGCAUUGCCACUGCAAAUAUGAACGUUACUGCUGUUUCAGGGGUUCCUAACUCAGAACCUCAAGACAAUAUGGAGUUUGAUUCAAAUGAGGCAGCAUAUGAGUUUUACAAAGAAUAUGCCAAAUCUGUGGGGUUUGGAACGGCCAAACUGAGCAGUCGUCGUUCUAGGGCAUCAAAGGAGUUCAUCGAUGCUAAGUUUUCUUGCAUAAGAUAUGGAAACAAACAACAAUCUGAUGAUGCAAUCAAUCCACGACCAUCACCUAAGAUAGGUUGUAAGGCAAGUAUGCAUGUCAAGAGAAAACCAAAUGGGAAAUGGUACAUUCAUAGUUUCAUAAAGGAGCAUAACCAUGAACUUUUGCCAUCUCAGUCACAUUUUUUCCGUAGCCACAGGAAUUCUGAUCCACUUAAGAAUGAUGCUAAGGUACGUAGAAAAACGAUAUUAGCUGCCAUGUCCAAACAAUAUGGUGUAUAUCAAUGUAGCGGUUUGGAGAAUUAUAUUCGAAAUCAAAAUGACAGGGGUCGUAAUUUGACACUGGAGGAGGGAGAUGCGCAGCUUCUUCUUGAACUCUUUGUAACCAUGCAGGAAGAGAAUCCAAAAUUCUUUUAUGCAGUGGAUUUAAAUGAAGAACAUCAACUGAGAAAUGUCUUCUGGGUUGAUGCCAAGGGCAUGGAUGAUUAUACGAACUUUAGUGAUGCGGUUUCUUUUGACACUACGUAUUUCGUGAACAAAUACAAAUUACCAUUGGUUCUUUUUAUUGGAGUCAACCAGCAUUGUCAGCCUACAUUGCUUGGGUGUGCAUUGAUUUCAGAUGAGACAUUAUUCACAUUCAUUUGGUUAUUUCAGACAUGGUAUUUGGCAAUAGGCAGCCGGGCUCCAAAUGUAAUACUUAGUGAUCAGAGCAAUUCUAUAGAAACAGCUAUUGCGGCAGUUUUCCCCGAGACACGUCACUGUUAUGGUCUUUGGCAUGUGCUGGAAAAGGUUUCAAGGCAGCUUGAUUAUUUGAACCCGUGGCAUGAUACUUUCAUGGCAAAGUUUGGUAAAUGCAUACACAAGUCUUGGACUGACGAAGAAUUUGACAGGAGGUGGGCGAAACUAGUCAACAAAUUUAAUCUUGGUGACGAUACGUGGUUUCAAUCAUUGUACCAAGAUCGCAAACUUUGGGCACCUACGUUUAUAAAAAAUAUAUCUCUUGCUGGGUUGUCUACACCUUCUCGAUCUCAGAGUCCAACCUCCUUCUUUGACAAAUAUAUCCAUGCAGAAACUUCUUUGAGAGACUUUGUAGAACAAUACAAAGUCAUCAUGGAAGAUAGGUAUGAAGAACAAGCCAAAGCAGAUUUUGAUGCCUGGCACGAGGCACCUGAGUUAAAAUCUCCAUCACCCUUUGAAAAACAGUUGUCUAUUGUAUAUACUCAUGAGAUCUUUAAGAAGUUCCAAGUUGAGGUUUUGGGAGCUGCUGCAUGCCAUCUUAAGAUAGAAAAAGAAGAUGGAAAUUCAAUAACAUAUAUUGUAAAAGACUUUGAAAGUAGUCAGGAUUACAUGGUGGAAUGGAAUGGAACACAGUUGGAUAUCUGUUGUUCUUGCCGUUCAUUUGAAUUUAAAGGUUAUCUGUGCAGGCAUGCUGUUGUUGUUCUCCAAAUGUCUGGUGUUUUCACUAUCCCGUUCAAAUAUGUACUGCAAAGAUGGACAAAUGCAGCUGCAAGUAGGUAUCCUAUUAGUGAAAAAUUGGAAAAUGUACAAACAAAGACCCGCCGCUUUAAUGAUUUGUGUCGUCGGGCUAUCAUUUUGGGUGAAGAGGGGUCGAUUUCACAAGAGAGUUACAAGAUUGCAUUAAGUGCCAUAAAAGACGCUUUGCUGCAAUGCUCAAAUGCAAAUAACUCUGCUGAGAAUGAAUUAAGACCUUCAACAUCCACGUCUCUCGGCAUUUAUGGUACUGAGGAAGAAGACCAAGGUGUAGCUACAGUUUCUAAAGAGCCAGUGCCAAACUUAAAUGUGAACAAGUUGAACAAAGGUGUUAAGAGAACAGAAUCUGGGAAAGAAAAGUCAAAAUACGAUAACACUGCAAUUGUUAAAGAGAAGGUACCUGCACAGCCAGAAGUUGUAAACAUCGGGAUUGAUGCCAGUUUUCACCAAAUGGAACUUCCUAACACGCGGCUGUUACAGUUUCACAACAUGAUGCCACCUCACUUGCAUGGUGUAGUACCGACUAUGUUCCAGAAUGUGGCAUCUACACAGUUCCACAAUGUAGCUUCAGCACAAUUGCAGAAUUCUCGUCUUCCGCAUUAGCUUGAGUUCGGUCUUUUUCCUCUUGUGGAUAAUAUUUCUUGUAAUCUAUCAACAUUAGUUUAUACCUCUAAUUUGAGAAGAAAUCAUGCCCUAUUUUUGCUUCCUUGGUCAAUUAUUGAGAUAUAAAUUUGAGUUUCUGCAUUCAGUGAUUCCAGUCUCUAUCAAUACAAUUAGGAUGUAUCUCUUUUGCUC